CGGAAACGAUGAUCGCUCGAUGAUGCCUCGGGCAUCUGCACGUGACACUACCAGCGCCUAACUGGAUCUGGUUAGUCAUGUCAGUGGUAUUUGAUUUAUUCUAUGAAUAUUUGUUCAAGUAGGUUGGGAAUCAUCUAUGAACUGAGAUAGAAGUAUUCCCUUAAUGUACCCAUACAGGCAAAGGCUGGCUUAGUGCGUGUUCUUAAAUUACAUGGGGUGAAUAGGGUCACAUCAAUGAAGCAUCCCCCCUGAGCCCAACGAAUCCCGGUCCCACCGUGCGAUCUUCCCGACGAUCGGACAAACACUAAACAGACAGAUUGAAAUGAUCACAACUCGCUUCGUGAAACCCAAUCCCUUGCGACGAAGACUGUACAGUGCUACCGCCAGAUACCUGCACAAGUCCACAGCAUCGAUGUCGCCAAUAAUCCAUUUUGUGCGCCACGCUCAAGUAUGUUGCUAGCAUCACAAACCCCCGCAGCUCAUCUCCCAAGAAGCACGGUACUUAUCGAGGCCACGAGGCCCUCUGCAGGGCAUGCACAAUCUCUCUCUCGAAUUCAGUCACAUACCGGAUCCAACCAUCACCGAGAAAGGCAUUGAACAAUGCCAGGAACUCCAGAGAGACUUCCCCCGCCACGCGCACGUCGAUCUCGUGGUGUCGUCCCCUUUCCGACGGACUCUCUACACGGCGCUGAAGGGUUUCGAACCUGUGUUUACGGCACAUCCGGACAGAACGAUCCUUUUGCAUCCUGAUUUGCAGGAGAUUUCUGAUUUUCCUUGCGACGUCGGAAGCGAGCGCGGCGCUCUUGAGUCCGAAAUUCGAGACAACAAGGUCCCUGUCGACAUGAGCUUAGUUUCUGACGGUUGGCAACUUAAGCGCGGAAGACAUGCUCCAAACCGCGAAGCCAUCACCCUGCGUGCUCGCGACAUGAGGUCCUGGCUGCGAGACAGACCCGAAAAAGAGAUAGUGGUCGUCACGCAUGGCGGACUGCUGCAUUAUAUGACCGAGGACUGGGAAGACAACUGUAGAUGUACAGGUACUGGCUGGAUGAACACCGAAUAUAGAACGUAUCGGUUUACCGAUGAGGUCUACGACGAUCUAGGUGGCAUAGAUCUUCAGGGACACAAUGCUAGUUUGGUCGAGACUGAAGAGUCUCGUGUGCGUCGCGGAAAGUCUCCGAACCCCCCUACGCGAGAAGAACAACGGACACUUUAUAAACUGGGACUCGAGGGUUGGGUUGCGCAGGGGCUUUGUAUGAAUGUAGCACAGCUGGAGGAGGGGGAGAAGAAUCGUGCGGCCUUAGACGAAGACAAGAUAUAGAAGGAUAGAAAGAAGUCUAUAAUUGAGACAGCCUUUACAGUCCAUCAUUUGAAUACCUCUAGUGCCUAGUUAAAGUUGUCACCCACCGCCUUUUAUCGUAUAUAUGACCCCAGGAAUUUUAUAUUGCUCGUUACUAUACACCAAAGUAGGCAUAAGCGUCAGGCUUGGCCACCACCGAUCAUCGCGAGUGACCAAGCAGUCUCAUUUGUUGUUUCAUUGGAACCUAGAACGACGGCACAAUAUUACACCAGACACUGGGCACUGGUACCAGAGCCCCACGCCGGGAAUAUAUUUGGUCGAGGAUUACUAGUCCUGUCGCACCGGAAUUUUGAAUCGAUCUUGUGCUACGGAACACACAGACGCGGGUCAGC